UAGUUUAGGUUAUGUUUUUGUUUGGUUACAUGUUAUGAAGUUAUAACCUCAAAGAGCUAAUUGUCGAGCUUCAUUUAGAUUCUUAUAAUAGUUCAGUGUUAAUACACAGUUUUUGUAGCUAUACGAAUAAAAAUAUUGUGAUUUUAAUGUCAGACAUGAAUUCAUCAGAGGAAGACAUACCUUCAUUAAUUCCUGCUCAAUAUAAACCUGUGCCAGUAACAAUAAUUACAGGUUAUUUGGGUGCAGGAAAAACAACACUCCUUAAUUACAUUUUGAAAGAGCAACACAAUAAAAGGAUAGCAGUGAUAUUAAAUGAAUUUGGAGAAGGAAGUGCUUUGGAAAAAAGUGUUUCAAUUGGACAAGAGGGUGAACUCUAUGAAGAAUGGCUUGAGCUGCGAAAUGGGUGCCUUUGCUGUUCUGUGAAGGAUAAUGGAAUUAAGGCAAUUGAGAAUCUGAUGGCCAAAAGAGGAAAGUUUGACUACAUUCUUCUAGAAACAACAGGCCUCGCUGAUCCAGGUCCCAUUGCUACAAUGUUUUGGCUGGAUGAAGAUUUGGGAAGUGACAUUUAUCUGGAUGGGAUAAUAACUGUCAUAGACUGCAAACAUGGGCUCUCACAACUCAAGGAGAAGACUGAGGCAGAAAAUGAUGUAAAAAUCAAUGCAGCCAUCAGACAAGUGGCUUUAGCUGACCUGAUAAUUCUGAACAAGUGUGACUUGGUCGCCAGCGAGCAGAAAGACGUGUUGACUGCGGCUAUCAGGAGUAUCAAUGGAUCCUCCCGCCUGCUCGAGACUACCCAUUGCAGUGUACCUUUGGACGACAUCCUGGACCUCAGAGCGUACUCGGGAGUCUGUCAAGACAGGCUGUCAGCCAUCGUGAACGAAGUGAAAACCCGAGGGGAUUCGUCGCAUUUGGACAAGGAUGUUGGAACUGUGACGCUCGAGCUGGACUUGAAAAUAAGCAGGAAGUCUCUGGAAUUAUUCCUUCAGCGAAUCCUGUGGGAGAACUUAGCCAAAGACAGAGAAGGAAACACGAUGCAGAUUAUCAGAUUCAAGGCGUUGUGCAGUUUGGCGGGGGAAGAUCUGCCACUGUUGGUACAAGCUGUGUAUGACACCUAUGACUGUCAGUCUGUCCCUAGCUCCGAGGAUACCAAUGGCAACGUAUCCAGACUUAUAUUUAUCGGUACGCACCUGGACAAGAGCUGCCUGCACAGUCUCCUCCUGCAAUGCAUCAAGGACAGUGGAGAUGGCAGCGAAUAAACCGAACAAUUUUAACAUGUGAAUAAAAAUAAUGAAUUUAAA